AGUCCGUAGUCAGUCGGUCGGGAACUUCCGAGUCGAACGGAUGUGGUUGGUUUCUGCUGCUGAACUAAAUCCUCCGAGUGCCCACUGUCCGCUUCACUGCCCCGAUUUAAGUUUGACGCGCGGUUCGACGGUAUUGCCGUUUCGCGAGGAUCUUAAGUGGAUUCACUAAUUAGUGCUACUGUGUGUAGGAUUUUAUUUAUAACAGCACAUUUCUAUCGUGUCUAAGUUUUCGCGCCCGAAAAUCCGAAAACGUGAGCCGGGAGUUUGUUUUUUUUUUUUGUGGGGCAGAUAGUGCUCGAAGAAUGCAUGUGUGAUCAGUCGAUCGAUAAUUUUUUUUUCUUUCUAAGGCCGAAAUGAGCGGCAAAGCUUAUACGCAUAGAUAGUAGCAUACCGCGCGCGCGAUCGAGUUGAUGGAAAAUUGGCUGAACCGGUGGCAGAUUUAUGCAGCGUUCUAGUUUACAUUUACACCAUUCGGGUUAUUAUUUUAAUAAAGUUCAAUUAAUCAAACAACAACUGUUUUGUGGUGCUGUUUUAGGUUAAGUUUGAUGAAAUUACAUGAAAAAGUGGAUCACGUUAGUCGGUCGGUCGGUCGGUCGGACGGAAUCCCGAACCAAAGCGUAGUGUUUUUGGGAGUGCAUUUAAUUUUGGCGUACGGCUCAUGAAAUAGAGCAUCAGGCUUCAACGCUAAGAAUAAUAAACAUAAUCAGGAAAAAAGUGUUGACCUCACAAGUAGCUGAAUCAGAUUUAAUUAUGUACAUGAUUUGAAUGGUUGUCUAGUGCUUCGUGAUCUAGGAAAAAAAAUUAAACCAGUGCCUAAUAAGUGAUAAAAAAGGUUAUUCAGUUUUAGAAGGAUACUUUCCAAUUACAGACAGAAGGACACUCCCGUAAAAACAGUUAAAACUCGAUUGCAACACCUGCUAAAUCCCGCAACACCACACCACCCAAUGUGUUCAAAUGAGAGCAGCUAGUUUCGGAACAUGUCAGACCGGAGAACUUCACGGAAAAUGAAUCAUGUGCAAAUAGUUUUUGGCGUUCUUCGAGCUUUGGUGGUUCUACAAUGGCUACCGUGUCUGACGGCAUACCACCUUCCCCGGUCGUCGGUGGCCGGAGUACAAACAUUAGGAAAUCUCAUGUCGGUACCAGCGCUGCCUCCGCACCAUCGAGGACCGAUGAAUGCAAUGCAACCCCCAUCAUUCCUGGUACCACCCAGGCCGGACAAUUUCUCCGAUCUACCCGUGGAUGAUAGGGUAGACCGAAGCUAUCAGAAGAAACGCAAAAUCAUCUACAAAUACCCCGUACGACACGGCGGCGGCCCAAAACCUAGAAUUCAAGUUAAGUACCCAACGUUACAUCCCAAAUACUACACGGCAUACACGGAAUGGACCCGAUGCGAUGUAUAUUGUAAACAGCGCCGUGAACGCUUUUGCAUAGCCCGAUCCAAAUGUGGUCUUCAUAUUCACGUGGAGGAACGCAAGUGUCACCGAAGAUUAUGUUCUCCGCUGUCGAUUCCCACAGCCUACAGCAGGUACGAACAUAUCCCCUUGAGCAAAUAUUCCGUGGUGGGAGAGGAUUCGUAUAAACCUAAGAAAAAGAAGCGUAUUAUCGUUGCCGAUGACUACGAAGACGAAGAUUACUACGAUGACUACGACGACGAUGAUACGGAGUACGUAAUCAUAAAGAAAAAGUCCAAACGAAAAUGGAAACGUCCAACCAUAAUCUACCAACGGCGGAAGGAAAUCGGAUCACUGGAUAACCAUCAGCCGCAGCAAGCAGAACGAGAGGAAGAUUUCGAUCGAUUCUCCGAACAACGAGUUCAGCCGAAACAUAAACCGGUCGACAUCGUUCUCGAAGAUUUCGACGAUCGGAAAAUCUUCAGCCCUAGUCCGCACUACGAUCAACAGUUCAGCACAGCACAAAGUUUCCGCCGAAGGCCAUAUACGGCUGUAGUUAAGAGGAAACCUUCGAGGUUAACGGAGUACUUCGAAGAUAACUACGAUAAUCUUUACCGAGACGGUACAGGGUUCACCAAUAGAAGAGAAGAAAUGUUCGACUCCGAUGGUUUUCAUCCAAUCAGUGAACGUCUACAGGAAGCAGUCGAUGACGAAGAGUCGACUAGUGGGAAUCAAACAUCAUCCGAGGCGGAGUUCAAUCGGUUGAUGGAAUCAUUUCCAUCCGUAGAAACAACUACGGAGGGAAAAGAUUCUCACCAUACGAAGCGAGAUGUUAGCAACUUCCUGGAUGACUACGGAGAAGAUGAUGAUUCGGACUCAUCGGAAGAGGAUUUCAGCAACAGUACAGCAGAAGUCGGGACCGAUGGUAAAAAGUAUCCUGGCAAAAGUUUGUUGAAACUAGGCGUCGUCACGCAGAAGAAAGCACGAGAGAAAGCAGUGUUUGAAAUGCCAAGAAAGGUCGACAAUCCGUAUUCCAAAUGGAGCCGAUGGUCCAAGUGUACGGCGAAAUGUACCACGCGGCGAUACAAACGAUGCAAAGUGCCGUCCGUUUGUGGCAACGACGUGAUCCGGGAGGUUGCUUACUGCUAUACGGAAGGAAGUUUCUGCGAGGAAUGGAUCGGUAAUCAGUUGUAUCAAAAUCCAACAAAAAGUCCUCCAGCUACAACCGUAGCAACUACAACUACGAAACCGACUAAGCUUCCCAGAAAUCAGCUCUUGAUUCCACAUCACCAAUCAGCUCGUAGUCGAAGUGACGUUCAAGACAAUUCCAUUUCCCAGCAGUCCUUCGGCAGCCGGAGAGGACUCCUGCAACCCGAGUACAUGCCCCAGGAGAUGACGUGCGGCAUUUCGAUUACUCGGAAUAAACCGAAAAAAUACUUGUACAAUAUGCUACGAAUUAUCGGCGGAAAAGCAUCCCGUCGGGGUCAGUGGCCUUGGCAAGUGGCAAUUCUCAACCGAUUUAAAGAAGCUUUCUGCGGUGGCACCCUCGUUGCUCCUCGAUGGAUUCUCACUGCGGCCCACUGUGUCAGGAAACGGCUCUAUGUUCGACUGGGAGAACAUAACCUGCAGCAAUCGGACGGAACGGAGAUGGAGUUCCGUGUCGAUUCCAGUAUUAAACAUCCGCGGUACGAUAAAAAGACAGUCGAUAACGACGUCGCUUUGCUGCGAUUGCCGCGAGACGUCGAGCGAUCGAACUUCGUAGGCUACGCUUGUCUACCGGAACGGUACCAAACGCUUCCGACCGGGCAUACCUGUACGAUCAUUGGAUGGGGAAAGAAACGCCACAAUGACGAUGCUGGCACGGAUGUUCUGCACGAGGCCGAGGUGCCGAUUAUCACCAACGACAAGUGCCGGGCGGUUUACCAUGACUACACCAUCACGAAGAACAUGUUCUGUGCCGGCCACAAACGGGGCCGAAUAGAUACGUGCGCCGGUGACUCCGGUGGACCGUUACUCUGCCGGGACACCACAAAGGUGAACAGUCCGUGGACCAUAUUUGGCAUCACCAGCUUCGGUGAUGGUUGUGGUAAGAAAAAUAAGUUCGGAAUUUACACCAAACUGCCGAACUACGUGGACUGGGUGUGGUCAGUGAUAAAUUGCGACGGGAACUGUAGGACGUGAACUGGGGCGGCUACUGCCAACAGGAUCCGAUGAUGCGCCACGAGUGAGUAAGUGUUCGUGUUCGAAGAGAGAGCGAGAGACAAAGCAGAAAUGAUUUCAGUCGAUUUUGUGUAUAAAUAAGGAUUAGGCUUUCGAAAACAAAUCUUCCAAUUUCGUAUUUAUUGCGCUAACAAAUAAGUUCACGAAUAAGGGGCACGAAGCUUGCUUUCUAACAGUAGGUAUUUAUUUUAAAUGCUGUGUAUAGUACUUUUACGGACAAUAUAGACCUUAGUAGAAAUAAAAAUUAAA